CAGCUCAUGUCUGUGUAGAAGUGCAUGACUUCCACCACAGCAACAGAGGACAGGCACCAGGUGAAUGAGCCACAACAACUUUCAGAAGCGUUUGGGGACAUUUAAAAAAAAGGCGCUUUCUGAGUUUCAGGAUGAACACGACACUGAGGCACUGGAAGGAGGCGGCCACGCUCAUCUUAGCCGCAGGCCGCAGGCUCGCUCCGGCCGGUUUGACGUCCAGGACCCCGGAGGCUCCAGGUUCCCCGCUGGCCAGCAGCUGUGGACGGUCCCACCUGCCGCACAAGUCCGCCUUCGACUACGACGUGUUGCUGCUGAAGCGAAGCAGUAAAAGCGGAUUCAUGCCCAACGCGUACGUGUUUCCCGGCGGUAAGGUGGACUCCUCGGACUUCUCCAGUGAAUGGCUCGACAUCUUCAAGUCCUUCAGGGACUCUCCCAGGUUCGGUCUGGGAAGCGUCACCCAACCGGCGGAGAGCAGACCCCCGAUGUUCGCCACGGACAGACUGCACCUGGGCUCUCCUGUCCCGGGGGAGGUGGCCUUCAGGAUCUGCGCCCUGAGGGAGACGUUUGAGGAGUGCGGGGUGCUGCUGGCUGUGUCCAAACAGGAAGAGAAGGGCAUGUUACUAAAAGGCAUAGAGGCCACGAGGGCCACAUGUGAAGUGAGCGGAUUGUGCAGCAGCGAACUGAGCAGGUGGAGGACUCUGGUGUUGCAAGACUCCUCCAACUUCCUCAGGAUGUGCAGGGAGCUGCAGCUGCUGCCCAACAUAUGGGCUUUGCACGAAUGGAGCAACUGGCUGACCCCUGUGGCCGGAUACAGCGCCGCGAGGUUCGACACAGCUUUCUUCAUCUGCUGCCUGAACGAGACCCCACAGACCCUGCAGGACGAGAGGGAGAUCGUGCGCUGCCAGUGGUCCACACCCUCAGAGGUCCUGCAGAGCUACCAGGCACAGGAGUAUUGGAUCGCCCCCCCACAGUUCUACGAGCUGAGCCGCAUGUGUCGCUUCCCCUCGCUGAACGACCUCCACAACUUUUCCAGCCAACGUGCCACCGAGGGCUGCGAGCAUUGGCUGCCCGUAGUCAUCGUAGAAGAUAAACACCAUAUAUCAGUGCUUCCAGGUGACAAACUUUACCCCCCGUCGAAAACUUCAGGAAAGACUCUGGUGGAAACAAGCACAGACCCUCAGCUGGAGGAACCUCAGGACAAUUCUUCACUGCACCGUAUGGUGAUAUUGAAUCCCUAUUCUACAAAUCUACAGAUCAACAUCAAACCCAAGUACAACCACCUGCUGCCAGUCAUCAUGCCAACCUUGACUGAUGACCCUCAAAGUCAGCUUUGACUUGUGCUAAAGCCCCUCUGUGCACAGUAUAAUGACUAGAAAAUUUAUGAAACAAAACAGGUUUAAUAUUUUUAUUGUUACCCUAUUUCAUUUACACUAUCAACCUCAAGUGUUCCUUAUUACUGCGUUAGAUUGUAAUGUGUUUAUUUUAAUCUGGUUCUGUUGGUUUCUCCAUGUCCUUGAUGAACCAAGAACCCCCGGUAUGUCUUUCAUUGUUCUGGUUUCACUGAUCUGACCUGUAUUUCGGGCCUCGUAAUCAGAAGACCUUAAUAUGAUAUGGAAGAAUUGAUCACUCGAUUGAUAACUGAUUUUGGUGGCGAAGCAAAGGUGAGGGGAGAAGAGAAGUAUUACAUGUGCAGUCUAGAAAUUCCCUUUGAAAUGUUCAUCUAUAAGUGUCAAUCUGGUCAUGAUUAAAGUAUCUUUGUGCGAUUCCAUCUAAGCAAUAAACAGUAGGCUGUAUUUAUCAAGUAGGAUAAACGGUCUCUGUUUUAAACCCUGAGUGGUCACAUGGGAAGUGUUGAACAGUGUAAUGAUUCCACUGAUCUAUAAAACGAUAUAUUGCCAUUUUUUAUUAUUUAUAUGUCAGGAUGGUUUUUAGGAUUGACGGCUCUGGAGAGGGAGAGAAUUUCUAGGUUCUCUGAUGCUCCAGGGCCGAGAGCCUGACGGGGCCGGGAGGAGAAAUAUAAAGAAACCGAUUUACACACAGUUUAUAUGCUUGUGUUUAUGUGCCUUACUUUUCACAGGACCUCUAAUCUAAGGCUCUACCCAGAUACUGAUAGGUUGGUUUUUUAAAUAAAGUUUUUGUUUGAUUAAAGGAGCUCAAACGUGACAGUGGGAUCUCAUGAUGUUGUUGUUAUUGUUUACUGUGUUGAAGCUGUGGCCACCCCCACCCCCCCCCCAGUGUAUUGUGAAAUGUCAAGUCUCCCAUGGAUUUCACGUUGUUUUCUUGUCAGAGUUGUUCUUACUUUACUUCUCGCUACAAAGAAAAAAUGAUUAUGCAACAGUUUUAUUCUGACCAAAUUUAGCUUGUUACCAUAGAAACAAGUUGUCUACUAAAUAUAAAGUGUUUUUGGAGACGACCCCUGCGGCCCCUAGGUGACGUGCUGGUGUGGUCCCUCUCAGUGAGAGUGCUCAUGUCAGUGGUGGAGGCUCUGCAGGGCUUCACCCUCUCCUGUGGAUACCUUCCCUGCUUACAGCUGGGCCCAUGGCAAAUUAAUGACUCAUAAGGAAUAAUCUCUGUCGUAAUGGUUGUACCCUGUGUAUGCCAUUCAUAAAUUGAUUUAUUAUUGAACGCAAGAUCAUUCAUUAUUCAUUUGAUUGUUUCAAUAACGUCUCAAACUGCGUUGGCGGAUUUGUGAUACAAUUUAUGUUGGUUUGUUAAUUACAUGUGAAGGCUUGACAGCUUCUUGUGUCUACAAUCACACAUCAAGAUCAAAAAUGUUGUUUUAAACUCUUCAUUAGUAGAGAAUCACAAACACUUGACGAUAGCAAAAGAUUUUACAAAUCUGAGGUAGAUGAAGUGUGUUAUACUUCUUCACUGUGUUUACACAAUGGAUAAUUAUAUUUAAAUAUAUUGGACUUUUGUCCUAUUGAUAUAGAUACAAAUUGUUUUGUGAUAAUUAUUUGAAUAUUUAGAUAGUAUGAUAUUUAAAUGUGGUUUCAUAAGGGGAGGGUUGGGCGUUGGUAACUGUAAACACAAACACAAUACUUACACCACCACAGUUUUCAAAUGUCCUCAUAAUCAGCUUUCUUUUCAGUAUCUUGGCCUAUGUUUGCUCCUUUAAACAAUGUAGGUGAUAUAUAUCUGUCUCAUGAUAGUUAUUUAUUUCAGUGGAUGCUGAGUUGUGGAGAUCUGUAUCUAUUGAUUUUUGGAUUUGAAAAAAAAAUCACAUGAUAACAUUCCAAACACAUUUCUGUCAGUGUGAGGAAAGAUGCUGAUGUUUUGUCUCGUGGCUGCUGUCCUCACACCACAUGAUCUUGUGUGUGUGCGUGUGUGUGUGGGAUGGUGGUGUCAGAGAGGGGGCGAGUUGAAAUAACACUGCUCAAUCUUCCAAGCUGUUUGCACUGGAGAGUACGUUGAGGGUUUCUAUGGCAACCCACAGCCUUAGAAACGUCCAGAUGAGGUUAUGAUGCAGUGGUCUGUCUCUGUGUAGUGUGUGUGUGUGUGUUUAUCCUCCCAGUGAACCAGUCCUCUUAGUUAAUUAUUUUCCAGGUAUUUUCAAGGCUCUUAAAUGCACAAGUGGAAAUAAAAUACCUCCAAACA